CUUGUUUAGCAGUCUAGUCAGAAAAAUUCACAGCUUGUACUAGUACAUCUAUGGCAUGCUUACUAGAAACUAUAAUCCUGACCAGAUGACUCCAGUUUUAAGCCAUGGAUAGUCCCCAAGAUUAGGCUAGAAAGUAGAAACUAGGAACUCCUCCGUAUCCCCAUGUCAACAGAACUGACGUGUCCCCUGGACCUGCCUCAGAAGACACGUUGAGUCCCAUUUCCAGCCACGUAUAUCUCUACGUGUCAUCACAAGAACACAGUUUAUACGCACAAAUUUCAGCAAUUUGUAACACCUCAGUAGGGUCACGUCCAUUGUAGCUUACUAUAAACAUGCUGUCUUGGUUGUUUCCAACACCGAAGGUUUUCUCUGGAGUUUCUUGGUUUUAUAGUCCAAUCAAAACCCAGUUGAGUCGUUAUCGGAUAAGUCAGUUUCCGGCUAUAUCUCAGGCGAUUCAUAGACCUAAUAGAGUGUUUGUGGGAAUGGCUUCAGGUGGACAAAAGUUUCCUCCUCAAAAGCAGAAUAGCCAGCCUGGUAAAGAGCAUGUUAUGGACCCAACUCCACAGCACACCAACCCUGAUUAUAAGCCCUCUAAUAAGCUCCAGGGAAAGGUGGCAGUGGUGACUGGCGGAGAUUCUGGGAUAGGAAGAGCUGUGUGCUAUAGUUUCGUGAUUGAAGGGGCAACCGUGGCCUUCACAUAUGUAAAGGCUCAAGAGGAUAAGGAUGCUGAUGAUACUCUUCAGAUGCUAAAGUAGCAUAAGACUGCUGAUGCUAAGGAUCCUAUUGCAAUACCUGUGGAUUUGGGGUUUGAUGAGAAUUGCAAGAGAGUGGUUGAUGAGGUGGUGAAUGCGUAUGGUCGGAUUGAUAUUUUGGUUAACAAUGCAGCUGACUAUGAGUGUAGCUCUGUGGAGGAGAUUGAUGAGCAGAGGCCUGAAAGGGUGUUUAGGACUAAUAUCUUCUCCUACUUCUUCAUGACCAGGCAUGCCUUGAAGCACAUGAAAGAAGGCAGCUCCAUAAUCAACACAACAUCAGUUAAUGCAUAUAAGGGAAACUCCAAGUUGCUUGACUACACAUCAACCAAAGGUGCAAUUGUGGCUUUCAUUAGAGGACUAGCACUCCAGCUAGUUAGCAGAGGCAUAAGGGUCAAUGGCAUCGCACCUGGACCCAUUUGGACUCCAUUGAUACCGGCAUCAUUCAAAGAGGAGGAGGUUGCUAAUUUUGGAAAACAAGUGCCUAUGCAUAGAGCUGGCCAGCUAACUGAGGUUGCCCCUAGCUAUGUGUUCCUCGCUUGUAACCACUGCUCUUCGUACAUUACUGGCCAAGUCCUUCACCCUAAUGGUAAGUUUGUUCUCCAUGCUUACACAGCAGUUGCGAUUGUAACUGAUGGCUGGCUGGUUGUUGCAGGUGGUGUAAUCGUGAAUGGUUAAUUAUUGAGGGCUUGGCAAACUUCUGAUCUUUUAGUUUUUGUGUUUAGGCUUAUGGCGUUUUUUGUGUUUAGGCUUAUGGCCUUUUUUGUGAUGCUAGUGCAUGUGUUUUGAUGUCUGUUUCUUCCAUGUAACACAGUAUAUGCCAAAGUCUCUAUCAUGUUGAUGCAUGUAUGUCUAUAUGAUGUCCAGUUGUCUUUAACACACACACACACAACGUUAAAAUAUCCAGUUUGUUACUUCUAUGAAACCAAGCUGUAUAACUUGUUGCUGUAGGGUUGUAUGCAUGUUGUUAGGGUUGUUGGUUGUAGCCGUGAGAGAAUCUGCUUGUGUCUAGGAGUACGAAAAGGGGCUUUAAUUCGUGAAAAAAUCAAACAGUGGACACAGCAAAUUGCCUAAAUGUCUAGCAGCGGCUACAAAUCAACUUGUCUAGGAGACUACGAAAUUGGGCUUUAAUUCGUGAAGAAUUCAAACAGAGGGCAGAGUAAAUCGCCUUAUUUGCUAGAAGCAACUACAAAUCAACUUGGCACAAUGCUCGACAUGAUAACCAGCCAGCCAACAAGCAGGGCAUAGUAAUUUGCCAUUGCAGCACCGGUAAAAAGUGUGCUAUUUCAAGGUUGAAGAUGUACAAUUAAGAUUAAGAUUCAUCUCAGGCAAUUUCAACCCAAUUUCACCAACUUACAGUUGAAAGGCUCUGAACUCGAAGAAUUAUAAAAUCCAUUUUCCUGGCCUUGCCUAGUUUCACUUGUCCAUCAGUUAAAGGGUUUGGUAGUUCUGGUCACCAUUUAUCGUGUGGGGUGGAUGCUUGUGGAGUGUUCACCUUGCUAACAGUCUUGAAUGGGGUAUUUUUCCUGGGCAUGGAGAAGUGACAGAAGUCUUUACCUGCUAAUGAAUACAUUAUUUAAUUUACAGACCAAUGCAUUCUUGUUCUUGGCAUUACUAAAAUAUGUGGAGUGAGUGCAAAUUUUAGCUUAGUCGUCGAAAAGGUUAGUUUCCAAAACACGCAAGCUUUUCUCACAUUCGUCUCUCUUAAAUGAAUUGCUGAGGUUUCCCAAAUAUGGGAUCGACCUGGGUAACAUUUUCACUCAUGCGAGAAGUGCAAACAUUUUCAGGGAUGUUCCUAGCUAGUUAUAUGAUCCAGAUGCUAAUGGCAGUUUCCAUUUGAUUAGAUAAUUAUUCCUGGAACUAAACAUUUCUAAUUGCUAGCCUUCAUUCUCUCAUAAGAGCAAGUCUAAUCCUUGGCAGCCAUAAAUAUGGAUGGUGACACAUCCAGGGUACUGUUAACCUAAGCAACAGUUAAUGGAUUCAAUUUUAUCAAGAGAUGGCACCAAGAACAGUCUAUCAAAGCACUUAUGAAUAACUGCCGUCACAAAUCUUUUGAAAAACAUAACUUGAAAUUUUCGGAAAGAAAUGGCUGUGCUUUCAUCACAAAUCAAUUUGACAGGUCAACAUGACAUAAGUCCAUAAUGCUCCGUGAAGCAUACAGAUACCAAGUUAAUAUCUAUGAAUGAAGGAUCAGAUACUAUUAUUUUCUGAAUCUUUCCCAAGAAUGAGCAAAUUCACUCAUCAAUGAUGACUAUUAUCAAGGUUUACAGUAGCUUGGUGUAGCAAAGAAGAAAAACAUUCACAAAGAAAUCAAUUUUUUUGCAAAGUUUCUUUAUUGGCCACGAACAGUAGCAAGAAUGAAGAUGAAUUAUCCCAAAACAUCAAAGAAGUUUGGACUAACUCAAA